GGCUGCGUGGCAAGGCCGACACCCCGGCCCACGGUUCUCCGCGCAGAGCGGCCCGGGACCAGGGCCCGCCCGGGGCGUCCGCGCCCGGGAGUGCCCCGAGGCAGCGCGACUCCACCUCUGAACAUUCCAAAGGUCGGGGACUGGCAGCUUCUCGGUCUUCUCAUCUGGGAAAUAGGGAUACCACCAUCUGGUCUGAAAAGUGGGUCUUCUCUCCGGUGGUCGCAGGGGAAGUCGUGAAUGUGCAAAGCCUCUGCUGCACCUCCAAACGACUAUGCUGAGCUACACAAUUAGGUCCCUAACCGGACCGUGACCUACCCGCAGUCUCGGGCCCUUUUCCCUAAACCCGGAGCUGUAGGGCGCAGAAAUUCCAGCUGUCUGCCCCGGGGUGCCCCCUGCCGACCUCUCCUCACCGGGCGCCCGGCCACGUCCACUCCCCAUGCCCACUGCAGCCACCCGGCUUUCUCGCCUGAAGCCAAGGGCCUCCACGCCUCAGGGCCUUUAGACGUGCCGUUCCUUCUGCCUGAAUGCGCUUCCUACCGCUUCGCAUAGCCAAAUCCCACCGACCUCGAAAAAAUGAAACCCUCCUUUUCCCCAGGCCCCCUCCUCUGCUUCCCACCCGCCGGCCCCUCUGUAACUGCUGGGGAGGGGACGUCAAGCCGCGGCCUCACACAGUGGGACUCGAUGCCGGACCGUGGGGACCACGGACAUCCACUGGCACACCCGUUCCACUCGGGUCCGUGCAGACUCGCCCCGGGCACGGGGCCCGCGUUUCCAUGUGGAUUCUUCGCGAGCAAAACUCCCGUGUGCUGCUCGAUAAAGAAACUGAGUCCCGACUAGUGAGCGAUUCGGUCCGCCCUGCGGCAGGGACUGAGGUGGGAUUCCGGCCGUCGGGCGGAGCCCCCUCCCCUACGGUCCGGCCCCGGGGCGGCGCCUCGACUUUAUCUCCGGAUGCCCAGCCGGUGCUGACCCCAAAAGGAAAUGGGCGGCGGAGGGCUGAACGAACCCCUGGCCUCGUCUCUAGUCUGAGCGGCUCGCCUUCCUUCCCCUCCCGCCCCCCGCCCCCGGAGGCUGGAGCCUGGCCGGCUGUCCCUUCGACGGUCAGAGGAGCGGGGAUAGGGCGGGCUGGACCGCGCCCCCCCAGCCCGACCAGUAGCUAUUCCCUUUACCUCCGGCCCCUUAGACACACCCCUAUCGUCCCCUCCCAAGACUUCGAGGUUGCUGACUCCUCCCAGGAGACCUGCCCUACCCCGCUUACUCUGCCCAACACCACCCCCCCACCCCCCGGUUUCGGGGCUCGCCAAGGUGCCCCUUCCGCCCGGGCGGGGUGGAUGCGGACUGAGUCCCGACACCUGGGCAGUGCGGGCUCUAGGGGUCUGUGGGGACUGAGUUGCCAGUGGAAGCGUUCUGGAGGGUGGGGCGGGUUCUUCGGGUUUCCCCGGGAAAGGAAACACACACCCAGCUGCUGUCUCCCUACCCUCUCUGAUACAGCAGCUGGGGUCGCCGUGCAGUUUAUUUUUAUGUUUCGUUGGUUUGCACUCCAGGAGAAAUCAAGUCAUGGGGACUGUGAGCCGAGAAACACUAGGACUCAGCCAGGCUCGGUCUGGCAACUCGGGACAUCAGCCAGCAUCUCAGCUUCCCCCUCUGACAGCUGGGGUCCCACCCGGGCAAAGUGGGCAGGCUGAGAGAAAGACAGGAAGCCCUGCCCCGAGGCCCUGAGGCACACCUGGUGUACCUUCCCACAGGGCAGGGUGGAUGCGGAGUGAGUCGGGAGGUCUGGGGGUGUGUAGUGAUAAGAGUUGUAGGUGGAAGCUUUUGGGGAGAGUUAAGGUGUCAGGCCACUCCCAGCUGGAGGAUUCUCUAGUUAGAUCUGAACACAGGGGUGGGGGGUGGGGAGGGUAGGCUGGGAGGACCAGGGCUACUGGGAAAGGGGCAGCCUUUUGGGUAGGGAGGGGUCCGGGCAGGGAAAUGACUGGCCUUGGCCUGACCUCAUGGCUAACCUCUUACCCAGGCCCAGGGCCACCCCUCAGCUGGCCCUUUGGUCCCCUCCCUCUUCCUUCCCCCCAAGUUCUAAGUUCCAAGCUUGACUGCUCAUGUGACCAGCUGGCCUGUUUCUCUGGGGAACUCCCAACAAGGCUGUGUCUCUAGCUUUUGCACACACUGAUACACAACCCCAACUCCUAGCAUGCUCACCUCCCCCUUGAGAGUUCCCCCUCCAUCUAUUCAGUUUUCAGAAUACUGUCUAGUACUUGAUUUUCUCUGGACCUUGCCUCACUUUUUCCAGGUGUGCUGACACUGUUACCGGUUUGUUGUGGUUUACUUACCGCCCAACUCCGCCAGGUUAGUCUUUAUUUAGAGACUGUGCCUCCCUCCCCCUUGUCCAGCUCAGACCUGGUGCCCAACUAAUGCCUAGAGAAUUGUUUAAAAAGGUGGACAAGGGGUACAGCUGGGGGCACCUCCGGGAAGUAGGGAAAAGGGUCUCCCUUUUCUUGGCUACCUGGCCCCCAUUCAUCCCCUCUUCCAGUUCCUGUGGGCCCCAUCUUCUCCAGGGCGCCAGGAGAAGAGGAUUGGGCAGAUUUCUAGUCCGGGUAUCUCGCCACCGUUGUGUAGGGUGAGCCAGACCUGUCCCAUCCCAGUCCUCUUAGAGGGCCCCACUUGUUUUGUUGCCCUUUUAAGAAAGAGGAAAUUCUUCUCAUAAACAAGCGCCUCAACCUGAGCUCGGAGCCCGACUGCCUGCCCCGCUGCAUCCCCGGGAAAUCGGGGGUGCUUCCAGGCACACCGCCCACUCCAAGCUCAAUCCAGGGGG